ACCUGUCUCGUACUUUCCGAUCGUUCCCAACUCGAUCUUUCACGAUGAUUCCCAUGUCUUGAAGCCUGUAGGUCUGGGCGGGCGCUGCAGUUGUUUGCGUUACUUUCGUCUUCAAGGUGUACAGAGGUACCUGUCACAUUCAACUAGUGUGUCGUAUCACACGUCUCGUGGUAGAUCCUGGGCGUCCUGCAUACCGCUUGUCUCGGCCUCCUUGAUAAUACCGCACUCUCUGUUUCUUCUCCUGUCUUCCACUCUCCCUUUAUCGUGCCAUGGAUCUCUCACGUCUGGAAGCCUGGCCCUCGCUAGAGGACGUCUUCAACCUCAUGGUUUCUACCUGUCUGGAGGCUUUGAUCGCAAUCAAUCACGCGGCACGUGCGGUCGGUCCAUCAAUCUGGGUUGGCCUCAACUGGAUCGGACAUGGGCUCUCAGUGGCAGGUAAUGCUCUGCUUGCAGCUGUCUUGAUACUUCUUCUAUGGAUCUCUAUCAUUUACCUUUGCUGUUUUACAAUCUUUAUGUUCUGUAAACUGGUACGCAGACAUCAGAAGCAGCGACACCGUGGCGAACGUGAGCCUCUCCUCCCAUCGCCCCAAAGGCGCAGGCGCCUGCCAUCCUGGACCCCAUCAAACUCUAGUAGCGAAAGACGUCGAAAUCACGAUCACCAAGCACAUAGAGACUUGUUCCGAGUCGAAAUCAGCAGAAGACGUCAAGACAUGCUCAGAAGAGAGCAGCAUAGAGCAGUUGAGACUCGUUGCCGAGAAUACCGCGAGCGCAGACUUAGAGAGGCUAUCCUGCAUUCUACAAGCACGCCUUUGUAUGCACAACAUCAGACAAUUAUCACUUGGCUACAUGCCUCGACUGGCUCAACAACCAUCACCCACCACCAUAACUAUGGCACUCUUCCGACGAGAGAUGUUCAAUCGCGCACAGAGAGACGUGCUGGUCCGCCGCCGCCAUACUCACAGAACAUGAGAGAGCAACCACCACCAUACUCCAAUGGCCGCAACGAUUUGCCGCCUGCUUACGUUUAACGAUUCUGACGGAAAGAGUCUAAAUGGAUUGGGUAAUGGCAAGAUCAGACUGUUCUGCUCCGCAACGUUUCCCUGUUGUGAUAAAGAUGUACAUACACGAUUCAUGAGCUGCAAUGACAUUGGAUUUGCAUCAUUGUUAACUAAGGGUAUCAUAACUUCACCAGAUUCACAUCAUAGUAAGACCUUGAACCUUCCUUCGAACGCCAAAACUGUGCCCGAGCCCAUCCCCUCCAAUCUAGUACCAGUCCCUCGUCAAUCAUCAUCGUUACAUUGGUGCAACGACCAGCAUAUCUCUGCUCUUUGAGAGUCAGCUGCUCUGCUUGGGAAAAGCCUUCUUUGCACGUCUUCUGGAUGCAAUUUGGGGGUUCCAAAUUCCCAUGAAUAGCUCCUCGCACUCGUCCUCAUCCUGGCUAUCGAACUC